UACAAGCAUUGAAGGCUCCGUCUCACUGGGGAUCGGAUGAAACGCACUUUAAUACCACCAUCUAACUUGUAAUCAUCUAAUGGCUACCACAACACGUGUUCCAUUGGUCUUCUCUUGCUCACCUCGUUGUCGUAAAUACGCUUGCCUGCCAACUACACUUCCAGAAUCUUCGACUCUUUCAUUUCGGUCUUUUCCUUUUUCAUUCCAUCAUAAUGGAAACAAGAGCUUUAGGAGACUUCGAGCGGUUUCAGCGUCAAUGGCGGAUUCGCGUCCAAGCAUUGUUCUUGUCACUGGAGCUGGUGGUAGAACUGGUUCAAUAGUUUAUAAGAAAUUGAAGGAGAGGUCUGGCCAAUAUGUUGCAAGAGGUUUGGUCAGAACUCAAGAGAGCAGAGAGAAAAUUGGUGGAGCAGAGGAUGUUUAUGUUGGGGAUAUAACGGAAACAGAACGCAUCACUCCUGCUAUCCAAGGAAUUGAUGCUCUCAUAAUUCUCACAAGUGCAGUGCCAAAGAUGAAACCUGGGUUUGAUCCGUCUAAAGGUGAAAGGCCUGAGUUUUAUUAUGAAGAUGGAGCAUAUCCUGAACAGGUUGACUGGAUUGGUCAGAAAAAUCAAAUAGAUGCUGCUAAGGAUGCAGGAGUGAAGCAGAUUGUGUUGGUUGGGUCUAUGGGUGGGACAAAUCUGAAUAAUCCCUUGAACAGUUUGGGCAAUGGGAAUAUAUUGAUUUGGAAGAGAAAGGCUGAACAGUAUUUGGCUGAUUCUGGCAUUCCAUACACAAUUAUAAGGGCUGGAGGCCUGCAAGACAAAGAUGGGGGUGUCCGAGAAUUACUUGUUGGGAAGGAUGAUGAGCUUCUUCAGACAGAGACAAGAACCAUUGCAAGGGCUGAUGUUGCAGAAGUCUGCAUUCAGGCAUUACAAUUCGAGGAAGCUAAAUUUAAGGCGUUUGAUUUAGCCUCAAAGCCAGAGGGAACUGGCACUCCAACCAAAGAUUUUAAGGCUCUCUUUUCCCAAGUCACUACUCGAUUUUGAUUCUUAGUUGAC